CAUUGCAUCGUCACUUUCCUUUUGGAGUCAUCCGAACUUUUCUCGUUUGCCAAACAGCCCUUUUCCCCUUUCCUUUCGCUUUCCGUACGCCUCUAUUUCUUUCUCGUCUUCGCCUCCUCCUCUCCUUGUCUCCUUCUCACUGUAGUGUUCGACGCCAUUUCUUCUUCUUCUUCUUCUUCCUGGCUUGUAUGCUUCUUCUUCCCUCCAUGUUUGCUGCUUGGAGUGAUCAAGUUUGAUUUUUUUUCUGCGACCCUUUCUUCUUAACAAGGUGAGGAAGCUAUUCGCCAGAUUUCUUGGACUUUCCUGUGUAUGUUACGCCGCAACCUUGCAUGCGAUAUGUGUCGUUUUCGGUUUUUCGGGGUUUUUCUUUCCUCGGAGGGCAUGAUCGAUCUGAGUUUCCUUCUGUCUGGUUAAGGUUUUAUUCGCCGCCCGAGAGCCGUUUUGGAGUUCAUAGUUAGUUGUUUUGCUGUCAAAUCCAUCAACGGAGCUGUGGUUCGAGCUCUUAUUUCCUUCUUACGAAGCAUUGUUUCUGAUCUGGGAAUGUGACUGGGGAAUUAGUUAAGCCGAGGAUGGGAAGAGUGGUGGAUUAAGGAAGUGAUGGGUCCAUGAUUCAUGCAAAUGAUUUAUGAUCUGGGCCAGUUAUACCUGGAUUUCUUGUUCCUGUUCGACGUACAAUCUGGAUUCGAGUGCUCCAAUUCACAUGUAGUGUGGGUUUUAGUCAUGAAAUUUCUUGUGUAAGCCAUGGAUCAAAAGGCAUGGCCAUGGAAGAAGAAAUCUGCUGAGAAGACCAUUGCAGAAUCCGACAAAUCCAAUAGCAUUUCCUCUAAAGGAAAUGUGGAAGAGAUUGAGAAGCUUGUGGCUGACAAGACAGAUCUGGAAAAGAACCUUAAAACUCUAACCGAUAAGCUUAUGUCUGUCAUGGCCGAGUGCACUGCCAAAGACGUUCUGAUCAAGAAACAAGAGAACGAGGCACAAGAAACACUUGCUGGCUGGGAGAAGGCAAAAGCCGAGGCAGCAUCUCUAAGGAGGAAACUAGACGACGCUCUAAACGACAAAAAGAAGAGCGAGGAAAGGACAAGUCAUCUCGACGCUGGUCUUAAGGAAUGCAUGCUUCAGCUCCGUUCUGUUCGGGAGGAGCAGCAGAGAACGAUGCACGAUGUUCUGGCGAAGAAUAAGCUCGUCGAAGAUCUGAACAGAGAGAGGGAUCGUGUUCUAGCUGAUCUCAAUGCGCUGACAAGUAGGUUAGAAUCCAAGGAAAAGGAGAACACUUCUCUUAAGUACGAGGUUCGGGUGCUAGAGAAAGAGCUCGAGAUCCGGAACGAAGAGAGGGAAUUUAGCCGGCGAACUGCUGAAGCGUCGCAUAAGCUGCACUUAGAGAAUGUCAAGAAGAUCACGAAGCUUGAAACAGAGUGUCAGAGGCUAAGGAUACUGGUGCGAAAACGGUUACCCGGGCCAGCGGCUUUGUCAAAAAUGAGGAGCGAGGUGGAAAUGUCGGGACGGGAUUCGCUCGAAACGAGGAGAAGAUUCAACGGAAGCCCGAUCGAUUCUGAGAGGAUCAAUAACCUCACUGAGCAGUUGUGCUUAAUGGAAGAAGAGAACAGGACUCUGAGGGAAGCCCUGAGCAAGAAAAUCAAUGAACUCCAGUUCUCGAGAAACGUGUAUUCCCGAACAGCGUGUAGACUGUUAGAAUUCGAGUCACGUCUUGAAGAAUCGUCGAAAGGCACAAAUACAGAACCAGGCCGGAGCAGCAAUGCAUCACACGAUGUCUCGCUUGCAUCGGUAUCGGAGUUUGACAGUGAUGAUAAGGUUAGCUGCGCAGAUUCAAUGGCUUCUGCUUUACUUUCAGAACUGGAGAAUCUCAAGAGCAAGAAGCAGAAAGGCUCGAGCAUUCUGAGAAAAAGUCCAGAAGCUUCAGAGAUGAAACUAAUGGAUGAUUUUGCUGAAAUGGAGAAGUUAGCCAUGGUGGUUUCAGUCGAUAAUCCGCCGACUCGUACCUUCGAUUCCACACUCCCUCGGUGGCUUCAGACCGUACUGGAGCACAAGCAUGUUUCGCGGAGAAAUACUGAUGAGAUAUUAGAAGACAUCAGAAAAGCCUUGAACCAUUUGGGCUCUGAUACCAAUGCGGCAACGAGGACGGAAAUGGAGAGUCAGGUCUCGUCGCAACAAACUGCGAGUUCUAUCGUGGAAGAGAAACCGAGUGAAGAGACGGGAAAAGACGCAUCUUUCGGCGGGAAAUGCCAUCAGGAUCUGCACAAUGAUCUCAGCAAAUCAAUAAGCAAAGUCAUCAAAAUCAUCGAAGGAGUCAGCUUAGAUUCACCAGCACCUGAGAUUUCAGAAUCGCAACCAGGCUACACGGUUCGCGUGCUGCAAUGGAAAACUUCAGAAUUACGCCUCCUGUUGCAGCGAUUUCUGCACACAUGUCACGAUCUGUUGAGCAGAAAAGCAGACAUAAACAGCUUUGCCGAAGAGUUGAGUUCUGCUCUGGAUUGGAUUGUGAACCACUGUUUCUCUCUUCAAGAUGUUUCAAGCAUGAGGGAGGAGAUUAAGAAGAAGUUUGAUUGGGACGGGUCGGAGAGCGAAAGCGAAGCAGAAGUUGGAACUUUUAGUCGAGUUUCAGAAGCAGUUAAACAUGAAGACAGCACGGAGAAAGAUUUAAAAGGAAUCGCAGACCAUAAACUCCAGGAAUCUGACAAAAGCAUCAAGAACUUGCAAAAGGAGCUUGAAACUUUAAGAAAUUCCAUGGCAGAGAUUGAAGGAGGAGCUGAGAAUUACAGAACAGUGGCGGACUUCAAGGCCGCAAACACAAAACCACAACAUCUAAUGGAUGAUAUGUCGGCUCCUGACAGUUUAUCAGAGAAGGAAGUUCCAUCAGAUGAACUCAAGGUGGACGGGAAACAGGCCAUUCGAACUGAACGAGAAAUCAUAGCUGCUUCAGAAAGGUUGGCAGAAUGCCAGGAGACAAUACUAAACCUUGGGAAGCAGCUCAGGGCAUUGUCUGAUUCGAAGGAAGUGGCUCCACUUUCAGACCAAGUGGUGUCUGAACCGACAUCGCUCUCUACCAGUUCCCAACCCCCGAGAGAAACAAAACCCGAGAAGAGAUUGAUCAACCAGAGAUCAUCUCUUAAAGAUCAGAUGAAGGCCGACGACGAUGCUGACACUGAGCAAUCCAAGGGUCAGAAAUACCCAGUUGACAAGAACGGAACUUUCGUUUACAAUGAAACGAUCGAGGCAUUGGAACAUAUUCUUCUCCCAGACAAAGGCAAAGGCAGCGAGAGAAGCUCUUAUGCUAUUGUUCCUCAAAAGAAAGGCGGCGGAGUCAAGAGCCUCUGGAAAAAGCUAUUAUGGAGAAAAAAGAAAAGUAACAGCAAGAAACUACCUGUUCCAUUACCUCCCACCUAAUGAGAAAAUGGUGUCUACGUUUGUAAAACUUCAUGUCUAGAUCAAGGGUUUUCUCUUUGCUGUUGUCCAAUGAUUAAUCAUGUAUCAUUACGCAAAUAAAGUCUCCUACUUUAAGUA